CAGCAUACUCGUCUCCGCGUUCUAUAUCCCUCCUGCUUCGUACAUACUUCUUGACGUUCAUCACCUGGUGGGUGGCACGCUGGUGACUCGACAUCCCCAUCCGCGACUUCUAUGCACAUGUACCUGCGACACCGUCCUCGCAUGCUGCCGCAUCUAAGACGGACUUCUCCCCGGGCGUACUGGCACCCGAUAUUGCGUUCCCCGAUCCAUGGCUCCCAAUCAUGCCGAGCGCCAUAACCAAUCCAGACGACCACCUCCGCAAGGUCUCACGGAUACUAGCCCAUUUCUCGGAGAAAUACGGACACAGGCCUGCAGGCUACCUCGCUAACAUCCCGAAGGAAGGCGAGCCCGCAUUGGACGGCGCAGAGCUGCUGGAUGGCACGUUAUAAAUAAGUGAACUGUAAGAGAACAGAAAGAGAAGCGGACGCGAUUAGUGCGGCACUUGUGACUAGUGGUAGAACCUCUUUUAUGUAACCG